CUGCCCCUGUCCUCCCUCGCUCCCUGCAGCCCGGCCCUCCUCACUUGCUCCCCACAGCCUGACCAUGAGCGCCCCGGCUGCCAGUCCGCUCUUCGCGCCCGGGGAGGACUGCAGCCCCGCGUGGCGCGCGGCCCCGGCGGCUUACGAUGCAUCCGAUACGCACCUGCAGAUCCUGGGCAAGCCGGUGAUGGAGCGCUGGGAGACCCCCUACAUGCAUGCCCUGGCGGCCGCCGCCUCCUGCAGAGGGGGCCGUGUUCUGGAGGUGGGCUUCGGGAUGGCCAUUGCAGCCAGCAGGGUGCAGCAGGCCUCCAUCGAGGAGCAUUGGAUAAUCGAAUGUAAUGAUGGGGUGUUCCAACGGCUACAGGACUGGGCUCCCCAGCAGCCACACAAGGUUGUCCCCUUGAAAGGUCUGUGGGAGGAGGUAGCGCCCUCACUGCCUGACUGUCACUUUGAUGGGAUACUGUAUGACACGUACCCACUGUCUGAGGAGACCUGGCACACCCACCAGUUCAACUUCAUUAAGAACCAUGCCUUCCGCUUACUGAAGUCUGGGGGUGUCCUCACUUACUGCAACCUCACUUCUUGGGGUGAGCUCAUGAAGUCUAAGUAUUCGGACAUCAUCACCAUGUUUGAGGAGACGCAGAUGCCUGCCCUACAAGAGGCAGGCUUCCGGAGGGAGAACAUCCGCACAGAGGUGAUGGUCCUGGUCCCGCCAGCUGACUGCCGUUACUAUGCCUUCCCUCAGAUGAUCACACCGCUGGUCACCAAGCACUGAGUGUCCCACCUCUGUGGGUCUCCCCAAGUGUGAUACCCUCACUCUGCCUGGCCCUGCUACCUGCCUGGCUCAAGGGUGAAAUAAAGGCUAAUGAGAGACCUGGUGGGUCGGCAAUGA